AUGCAAAUGAGACCAAUCUUUGUCACAGCAUCAGUAGCACUCUUCCUCGGAUCUGCUCUAACUCUCAAAGCUUCAACUUCUUCUAAACUCAGAGCUCUUAAUAAGAGCGGUAUCUAAAGCAAACUUCGCCUUAGAACUAAUGUUGAAGACAAUUAUUACCCAUAUCAAAACGAUGUAAGAUAUGAUAAUGAUCAUUACAAUGAUGGGUAUGACUCUGGAUAUGUACAUAGAUAUAGCAAUGAUUAUGACAAUGGCUAUAUCUAUGGAUCAAGUGGCUACGACAACUAUGGAUAUGAUGGAAGCUAAGGCUAUGACAUUUAUUAGUCUGGAUAUGAUUCUUAUGACGAGAGUCGUGGAUAUGGUUACUAGAACAACUAUUAUAGUAGAAUCUAUAGCAAUGAUUAUGACAAUGGAUACAACUAUUACAGUAGUCUCUACAACAACGAUUACGACAACGGAUACAACUAUUACAGUAGCAUCUACAGCAAUGACUAUGACAAUGGAUAUAGCUACCAAAACAACGAUUACGACAAUGGAUAUGGCUACUUGAACAACUAUUACAGUAGCAUCUACAACAACGAUUACGACAAUGGAUAUAGCUACCAAAACAACUAUUAUGACGAUGGAUAUGGCUACUAGAGAAACUAUUAUAGUAACUACUACAGCAAUUAUAAUGACCAUGGUUAUGGAAACUAAGACUAUGGUUACGGAUAUGAAAACUAAAAUUAUGGUUAUGGAUCAUAUUAUCAAGAUGAUGCUUAUAAUGGUUAUGGAUAUGGAAAUCACAACUAUGGUUAUGAAAGUUAUUCAGACAAUGGUUAUGGAUACGAAAGUCAUUGCGAUUCAGAACACGGAUAUGGAUAUGGACACUCAAACGAUGAUUAAGAGGUUCCAUCAUUCUAUUCUGACCCAGCCUACUCCUAAUGCAUCAUGAAGCAAGUCUAUUACAACAUGACUGAAGACGACAACAACACUGUUAACAGCCUCUUUAACGAAGCUGUUGAAAUUGCUCAAGCUAUAUUACCAGAAUAUUUAGAUGAAAUUGAAGAUGCAAGACGCAUUUUCUACUUCAAUGCUAGAUAUAUCUGCACAUACAGACAACUAUACUACUAUGUAGAUCAAUUGAACAAUUCCCUAAACGAAUACAGAGAUGAAUACUAUGAAUAUCUUGCUACUAAAUAAGAAUAAGAAGAAAAAUGGGAACCAUCAGAGUAUGAUUUAGAAAGAGUUGAAAAUCUCAUUGACCUCUAUCUUUCAUAUGACAAGAAAGCCAAUGAAGAUGAAAUUUACGAAGAAAUUAAUGCUAAACUAGAAAAAGUAACCUCUCAAGAGGAAUUUGAAUUAGAAUUCUCCGAAUAACAGAGAAUCGUUUAUGAAAAGAUUGCUGAAAUCGUUAAGAAGAACUCCAAGAACUCCAAGAACAAGAAAUCCAAGAACAGAGCUGAAAAUAAAUCUAUUGCUUCAGCAUUCAAUAUCGGUGAUCUCCUUCAUGCUUCUGCAAAUUUGGCAAGAAUAGGAUAACACGCUCAAAAGACAAGAGAAUGA